GGCGCCCGGUGGGUGGGUUCUCUCUCUUGCGGUGUUUUUGUGUCGCUCGCUGUCAGUUCGCUUUUUUUUGCGGCUGCUCUCGGACACUGGAAGAGGGACCGCACGGCGAGAGGUACAAUCUGACAGGUGAAGGGCGUGUCCAAGGACUCCACCCAUUACCAUGGCGCAGGUGCUGCACAUGGACAGCAGCUUCCCAGGGAAGAGUGCCCCCCAGCCUCCCCCAUCUUUUGGCAAGGAGCAGGAAUCCUACUCCGUCGAGACCCCCUACGGAUACCGGCUGGACCUCGACUUCCUCAAAUAUGUCGAUGACAUCGAGAAGGGCCACACGCUGAAGCGGCUGCCAGUGCAGAGGCGCCCACGCUACGGGUCCCUGCCACGCGGCUAUGGUUAUGCAGGCUCUUGGUGGACCUCCACUGAGUCACUGUGCUCCAAUGCCAGUGUUGACAGCCGCCACUCCUCCUAUUCAUACUGCGCUCCAGGCUAUCCCGCCCCCCACAGGGUGUCUGGUGCUGGUGGGGCUUUCAGCUUGAGCGCAGCCCGUGUGGAGAAGACAUUGCUGGAUGCACGGCGGCGGCUGGAGGAAGAGAAGGAAGGCCAGAAGUUCUCAAACCUAGGCAGCAUGCACAGCAGCGUGGCUGGCUCCACCAGCUCCCUGGCCAGCUCACGUAGCUUCAGUCGGGUGCCUGCUGGAGGCCACUAUACUCCAAUGAGCUCAGGCCUGUCGACACCUAUCUCGCCGAGCCCUGCCCACCUGCAGCAUGUGCGUGAGCAGAUGGCCGUGGCUCUGCGCAAGAUCCGCGAGCUUGAAGAGCAGGUGAAGACUAUUCCGGUGCUGCAGGUUAAGAUCUCUGUGCUACAGGAGGAGAAGAGGCAGCUCAGUGUGCAGCUCAAGAGCCAAAAAUUCCUUGGCCACACGCUGGGCUUUGGCAAAGCCCGCUCCCGUGGAGAGCUCUACAUUGACAUCCCUGAGGAGGAGGUAGGCACUGCACCAGCAGGGGGCGCUGGCACUCUCUCCCCUGCCACACCCGAUGGCUCCCGGCAGGACUCCGGCUGCGAGAUUGAGGAUACCGUGUUUGUGGGGGGUGUGCGGCAGAGUGUCCACCAGGAGGUACGUUCCAUCGGAGUGGGUCCUGAUGAGGAGUGGGGCAGCUGCCAGGUGGGUGUUGGGGUCUGCGAGCAGGACUUGGGGCUUCUUCCGGAGGCUGAGGUGCUGCGGGGGCAGGUGGAGAAGCUUGAGGGCCAGUUGCGGAGGGCACUCUUGGAGCUGCAGGCUGCUCAGAGUCAGAAGGAGAGCCUGGCACCGCCUCUGCAGGCGGAGCACCCCGUCAGGGCCACCAGCCUGAGCUGGCAGGACCACGAUGGCCCAGGGCUGCAGACGGUGGUCAGCUUUACCCAGCAGCCCCUCGACAGGAAGCAGAGAACUGUGGGAAUCCAGGUUUACACUGUGGAGAAGCCCACCGUGGUGGGGGUGGGGACUUUACUGCGGGCCGAGGAGUGUGGCUCUCCUGUCUCCUUGCUGGCUGGACCCACAACAACCUCACCAGAGGCACAGCAGAGACACAUGGUAGCCCAUGGGGCUGAUGAAGAGACCCCUCGUGAGCUUCCCAUUGCGGUCUGCUCCAGGCAGGUGCGAGAGGUCCUUCAGAGGAGUGAGUUGUCCACCUCAGUACCUGUGUCCACCCCUGCUGUUGCCAUGGAGACCAUGUCCAGCCAGUUAGCUCCUCUGUCGCAGAGGCUGAGGGAAGGUGUGGGAGCAUCUCUGCACCAGCAAAAAGGCUCUGAGGCUGUCCAUUUGCAAGAAAACACAUCAGCGCCAGCCUCUCCCCAGUCCUCCAUGAGGUCCAUCAUGAAACGAAAGGCAGAAGGUGAACCCAGCUCUCCUACCACCAAGAAGAACCUUCAGUUUAUUGGGGUCAAUGGGGGGUACGAGUCUACCUCAUCUGAGGAGAGCAGCAGUGAGAGCUCAGAGGACGAGAGUGAUGCUAGUGAAUAUCACGAGGCCAUCGAGAGGCUCCCUGAAGUGAAAGCUGUGCCCCCGAAGGAAGAGGUUAAUGCCACCAGCCAAUCGCCAGACAAGACAGAAAGCACCACCCAAUCAACAGCCUUGAACCUAUCUGAGUCUGCCCCCAUCGACCAAUCACCAGCCAUAGUUUCCAGUGCCCAACAGAAUGCCACUCACCCACCAGCCACACAGCCCGCAUUCCAGUGGGAGACUGACCAAUCACUGGCCGUGGCUCCUACUCAGCAGAGUGUCACCCAGUCACCUUCUGUGCCAUCAGCACCGCACCAGGUUACCAGCCAAUCACCAGCCAGUGCCUCUGGCCCUCAGCAGACUGUAAGCCAAUCGUCAUCAGCACCUAUGUCACAUGACCCUCAGCAGAGCACUCAGGAACCAGAGAAUAGCUCCACCCCAACCGUUGCCCCGGAAACAAGGCUGGAGCUCAGUGAUGAACUCAUGGCAGCUCUUCUAGCCGUGCAGAAUGCCCUGGGCGAACAGAAUGGCUUCAGCCAGCAGGAGGCGAGGAGCGCCUACACCACAGUGCUGCAGGAGUGGCUACGCGUUUCAUGUCACAAGACAGCCGACCCGAGUGUGGUUAAGUCCUACAUGGACAACUUCGCAUCCAUUUCCCCGCAGCUGCUGGAGUUCGUGGUCAACAUGGCUGACGGCAACGGCAACACAGCACUGCACUAUACGGUGUCGCACUCCAACUUCCCCGUGGUCAAACUGCUGCUGGACACAGGCUUAUGCAACGCGGACAAGCAGAACAAAGCCGGGUACACGGCCAUCAUGCUGACCGCGCUGGCAGCGUUCCACUCUGAGAGCGACCUUCAAACCGUUCUGCAGCUGCUGCGGACAGGAGAUGUCAAUGCCAAGGCCAGCCAGGCAGGGCAGACGGCCCUGAUGCUCGCUGUCAGCCACGGCAGGGGGGACAUGGUGAGGGCGCUGCUGUCCUGUGGGGCACAGGUCAACAUCCGUGACGACGAUGGCUCCACCGCACUGAUGUGUGCCUGCGAACAUGGACACGUGGACAUUGUCCGACAGCUGCUGGCCGUGCCGGGAUGCGAUGCCACCCUGGCUGACAAUGAUGGCAGCACUGCCCUGUCCAUUGCCCUGGAGGCUAGCCAGAAUGACAUUGCUGUGCUUCUCUAUGCUCAUCUCAACUUUGCAAAGCCACCUUCCCCUGUGUCACCAAAAGCCUCCCACAUUGCGUCGGUCAGCGACCCCAAGUAAACGCACUGCAAGAUGGAAUCCGGCUCCUCCGUCGUGUCUCACCACUGCAGAGUGUUUGUGCGAAUGAGUGUGUGUGCGUGUAUCUGUGUGCCCGCGUGUGUGCGCCAAGGAUCGGGCAGACAGCGGCACAGGUCAGGGCCCAGGGUGGUGUGUUAUCAGAGCAGCAGGUGUGUUUGUACUGUGCUCUCACUUGGCGCCACUUGCAUGCCUGUUUCCUGUCUCUCUCUAACACGAGCUGUGUUCCGAUUUUAAUUUCUGUUGGACCGUGGUGGAGUUUAUUUUUACUCUGCUCUGGGUUGAGCUGUCAGGUCCAGAAGAGAGGGUGGUAGGGUGACCGUGUGUGUCCUGUAACAUGAAUGAUAGACAUGAAUGUCAUGGCAAUUAGCUGUAACUAGUAAUCCGAAUGAUAAUUCUAUGUAAAAACUGCAAUAUAUUCAGUCAUAUAAGCGGUGUGUGGACACAGGGCAGACGUCAAGGCUCUGAGGGCCCUUGGUCCUGUUAAAGACGUCCACCUUCAGCCCUAGUUUUUUCACAUGACCUUGUAAGCGUUUUCACGUGCCUGAAAGUUACUCUGAGGUUAAGGUCAACGCGGCUCAUUGCUGAACUGUUCCUGUUACCCACCCUGAAAUUCCGAGCCCUUGGCCUUCUGUGUACGAGGGUUGACGUCACUCUUCCAUGCAGAUAAUCACGGGGCACAGAGUGUUUUGUCACAGACGCUUCCUGAGCAUUUUUCCUCCGUGUGCCAUGGCACGGAGGGGUAACAGCAUGAUCGGCGUGCUCGUGCAGUCACAGCCUGUUGAUUUAGCGUAGCGUGUUAGAAAACAGAAUUCAUAGAGCACUUUCAGAUGUGUGUGUUUUUUACUGUAGCUGUUUAAAUGAAGUAGUGAUUCCCUGAUACGCCUUGCUAUUUCAGCAAAAUAUCUUUCUGAUCUCAUAAUAGACUCUUGAGGAUGAAACGGAGAAA